UCAGUGGAAACCGGGAAGAUUCGCCGAGUAGAUUCCGCGAAUCUCCUCAUCGGCCCUCCUCUCGUUUCCUCGCCUUGUCCGUCUCUCUCAACUCAAUUUGUUCUUCUUUUCUGGGCAUUUGCAUCACUUCCUUCCGAGAUCUUUCUUGAACUAAAAAAAAGAAGAAAAAAAAUUCAUCCUGAAGACGAUAAGAUGUCUGUAUCAUCCAACGAUCACUCGUCAGGGAGAAAAUCUUUGCCAGAACUUGCUCCACUUGAAGCUGUGUUAUUUGACAUUGAUGGUACACUCUGUGAUUCAGAUCCUAUUCAUUACCAUGCCUUCCGUGAGAUGUUUAUUGAGAUAGGCUACAACAAUGGAAUCCCCAUUACUGAGGACUUCUAUGUUGAAAAUAUCAGUGGAAAACACAAUGACUAUCUUGGCAAAGCCUUAUUCCCAGAUUGGAGCUUUGAGAAAUGUGCAAAAUUCUUAGAUGACAAAGAGGCAAGUUUUCGAAGGCUUGCUCCUCAGCAAUUGAAGGCUGUGAAUGGUCUAUAUAAGCUAUGUAAAUGGAUCGAGGAUCAUGGAUUGAAAUGUGCAGCGGUGACUAAUGCUCCAAGACUUAACGCUGAACUAAUGAUCUCCAUUCUUGGACUUAGUGACUUCUUUCAAGUUAUUGUAUUAGGAUGUGAGUGUGAAAGGGCCAAACCAUUCCCUGAUCCUUAUUUAAGAGCUCUUACGGAACUCAAUGCUUCCCCUAAACAUACAGUUGUUUUUGAGGAUUCUGUGUCUGGUAUCGAAUCUGGAGUGGCUGCUGGUCUGCCUGUAGUAGGUGUGACUACCAGGAAUCCAGAGCAAUCACUCAUAGAUGCUGGAGCCUCCUUGCUCAUAAAAGAUUUUGAAGAUCCAAAGCUUUGGACAGCUAUUGAGGCAAGCCUCAAACAGGAAUAAAUACAAGCCUGAGAUACUCUUCGCUUGAAAAUAUUAUUAUUUUAUUUCUUUGUUACCUAUUACUAAGGCCUAGUUUGGGACGACUUUCUUAUUCCUUAAAUAGAUUUCUAGUACAAAAAAUUUAAUUUUUGUACUAAAAAUUUACUUUAAGAAGCAAUAAAAAAACCGUCUCAAAUGGAACCUAAAUCAUGACAUAAGAGGGUUCACAGCUUCAAUCACUUAGAAGAAAAUUGUAUAAUCAACGCAUGAGAUUUUCUGUCGAUGCAGAUCUCUGUAUUUCAAAGAGGUCUCUUUAUGGGCUGUAAUCAUUUGUAAUGCUAAAUAAAAAAAUGAAUUUUAUACUGUUAAAGUAUUAUUCAUAGAAAUCUUCAUGUUGUAUGAGCCAUCUGACAUAAAUAUGGAUAAAAUACAUUAUAUAUAUUAUAUAGGUAUCUGGUUUUAUGGAGCAA